UCCGUUAAACGGGUUGGGCAAUAUCUUUGCAAUCGCCAAAUUACAGUGUCAUAUGCUUACAAAAAAGACACUAAAGGGGAACGGCACGGCACGCCAGCAGAAAGAGUUUUGGCUGCAAGCAAUCCCACUGCGCAGAAGAGUAGGCCUCAUACGAGAUUCGCCAGUGCACCUCCAACACUCGCCAAUGUUGCUCAGGCUAAUGGUACCAUUGCUGUUCCGGUGCCUCCUCACCCGUUUGCUAAUGGAGUUGCUCCACUUCCCAUUCCUGCCCUCCGACCACCACCACCCCCACCUCAAGCAGCAGCAUUUAAGCCAAUGGCAGGAGCUGGGCAACCACCAUGGCAUCAACAGCAGCCUGGACUCCCGCCUGGAAUGCCCCCACCUCAGGUCCAGCAGUUCCGGCCACCUCCAUCUGGUAUGCCAAUGCCGCCACCUCCACAAGCUGUUUCGGCUCCUCCAAGGCCUCUUCCGCCCCCAGCAGGAAUGGUAGGCCAACCACCUGUUUGGCGACCACAACCACCACCACCGCAGCAACAGAGUGGACGACCUAUGGCAUAUCCUCAACCCUCAAUGCCUCCACCACCUUCCUAUAGCCAGAUGCCGCCACCUCAAUGA